GCGGGGCUUAAUGGAUUGUGGGUGGCGACAGCCGGGCCGCUCGGAGCGUCGCCAUGGAGACGGGCCCCGCGGCCUGAGGUCCUCGGAGCCUUUGGUCCCUUCGGGCCCAUCGUGAAGUGGGCGCCCUCCGGUGCCCUCCCGUUCCCGGGCAUGAGGCGGGUGCGUGGCCGCUCGGAACUGCCGCUGAGCUGGGGGGAUGAAAAAAGGGCUGCGGGUGUAAUGAGAAUGUGUUAAGAGCUGCAUGAUUGACCUAAGGAGGCCUGCACUGUGAAACGGAGGCAAACACCUUGAGGCUGGGGCAAGGGCUGUUUUCUUUUUCGACUUGCUGUAGAUGAACAUCUGCAAUAAACCACCUAACAAGACAGCUCCAGAGAAGACGAAUGAUGAAGCAGCUUCUGAGCUCCAAUCCCAGCAUACCCGAAGAAACGGUUGGAGCUGGCCUCCCCAUCCAUUCCAGUUUAUUGCCUGGCUGCUCUACCUCUUCUUUGCCUUGGUUGGCUUUGGCAUCCUUGUGCCACUCCUUCCUGUUCACUGGGUUCCUGCUGGGUAUAUUUGUCCUGGAGUAUUUUUUCUCUGCCAUCUAAUAGUUCACCUUACAGCAGUUUCCAUCGACCCAGCGGAUGACAGCGUGCGUGAAAAGAAUUACCGGGGGGCCCUUGCCACGUUCAACCGUAGCCAACAUGCCCAUGUCAUUGAGAACCGCCACUGUCACAUUUGCGAUGUGAACGUGAGCUCCAGAUCAAAGCAUUGUGGAACCUGCAACAAGUGUGUGAGUGGAUUUGACCACCACUGCAUGUGGCUCAACAACUGUGUGGGAGAGAGGAACUAUUGGCUCUUUCUAAACAGCGUGAUAUCGGCCAUCCUGGGCCUUCUCCUCAUCCUGCCGAUUGCUUUCUACGUCUUUGUGGAGUUUUUCCUUAACCCCAUGAAGUUGCGCACCAACCAGCACUUUGAAGGUUUAAAGAACCAAACGGAUGUGUGGUUUGUGUUCCUUCCUGCUGCUCCCAUCGAGACCCAGGCCCCGGCCAUUUUGGCGUUGACUGGCAUCCUGAUCUUUUUGGGGCUGCUGACUCUGUUCCUGCUGGGCCACCUUCUGUUCUUCCAUAUUUACCUUAUUUGGCACCGAAUGACGACCUAUGAAUACAUUGUGCAGCAGCGCCCACCCCGUGAGAUGAAGGAGCCUGACAAACAGCUGGAAUCCUGCCCUUCUCAAGUGAGGCACAUUCAGGAAAUGCAGUUUUAUUCAGGAAGUCUUGGAUAUACCAACCCUGAAGUUCAGGGGGAAGAUUCAGGAUUAGCCUCAGGGAAAGACCUACCAAAGUUCUGCAUGCGCAGCGACGGCUCAGACUCCAAGAUCAUCCUGUCCCCUGAAAUUUCAGAGACUCAAGUCGGGAUCCCACCGCAGAAGAAGAAGAAAAAGAGGAAGAGGCGCAAGGAUCUCUCUUCUCUGGCGGAGGAACGGUCCAGGGAGAUGGUUGCCCCCUGGUCUUCUCUUCCCGUUUUACAGCAAGAACUAACAGUCAUGGCUGCCCCCUCCUCAGCCUCUUCAUCCUCCAGCCUUCAUCUACCUAUCCCAGCUUUCCCUCCCCAAAUGGCCAUGCCCAACGGCAGCAGCGGUCCAGUCCAGGCAGCGGGGCCUCCAGCUGAUUACCAUUCCGAGUCGGCCGAGUCAAUGGACGAGAUCCCCGUGGCCCAGACCCGCCUGGGAAGCAGUGCCCUGAACGGAGCUUCCAAGAACCACCUGAGUGCUGCUCGGCACCUCCUGUACCCUGCAGCCCCUUCCCAAGGGGGAGGAGAGGAGCACCGGAAUGCUGGGCGCAAAGUCAAAAAGAAGAACUGUCCACCAUCAGUGCCACCGCAGGAGGACGAGCCAGAACUCUCCUUUAAGGUCCCUGCCGUGUUUGUCAGCACAAGCAGCGGGGAGCUGCCUGUCCCCAACUCCUCCUGGUCUGGUGAAUCCUCCGAACCCCCUCACAGAAAAUGCUCAAGCAAGCGGCAGGACGACAACCAGGAUUUCCAUUUAUGGGACACGACCACCAGUACAACAGCAGCAUAGCCCUCCCCUUUCCCAUAACAUCCAAGGGGAGAGCAGGGGGUAUGAGGUGCUCACUCUCCCAAAUAUAUUUGUGUCCAAGGAUUUAAGAACGAGUGAUGUAUCUUGCUUGCAGGCCUUGGCCUCUCCACGCCUACCCUCUUACUGUUGGGUGGGAGAACGUUCCAUCAUUUUUCUGGCUCUCUCAGCAGGGUCAUGAAUGCCUUUAGGAGGACUGCUCAGUGGCCUUCCCUCAAGUGGUAUGUAUGAGAGAACUGUACAAAUAAGGUUUUGGAGUCGAGUCUUGUUGGUGCUCCGACUGUCAUCUCCGCUCGACCUUACCAGAAGCUGAAUGACACCCUGUGCUUAACCUAAUACGUUCGUAUGGGGUGCCGGAAGUGUCAGCUACACCACUUCGUUGUGGCUCGGGGUUGAAAGGAGUUCUAAUUCUCCAUCUCUUUCACCCUGUUCCUAAAGCCCUUCUCCGUUUGUCCGUCUCUCUGCCCCUCUGCGACGAAAAGUGCAAAGUGCAUCGCAUCUCAUGGAACUCUUCUUUCCUUCAGAACGGCUCAUUUUCACCUUGCAAUGCAGGUGGAUUGUUAAAAGCUGGCACCUCCGUUCUCGAAGGUCAGAGCCAAUUGCUUUGAGCAUCUUCCCUGUUGCCUUUUCUCUUGGUAGCAUGAGGCUUCCCGUGUGCAAGAUGGAUCCGUGCUAAAGGAGGUCCCGAGAGGGGAGACGUCUUGUGCUGAUACUAGACUCAGGGUUGCAAAUAAUGUCCGCUUCCCUCCAGUGGGUCCAGUGUGAAAAAAGACUGCUUUCCCAUUCUCCACACAACAAUAUUCUAAACCCUUGACAUCUGUGGAGCUCCCUGGACAUCUCUGGGCACAAUAAAAACAUUUUUUCUA